AAACUAAAGGCAGUCCAGUUAGCUGAGAAGCUGCUCCCUGCCUUUAAUACCCCCACAGGAAUUCCCUGGGCCAUGGUCAAUCUUAAGAGUGGCGUUGGUCGUAACUGGGGUUGGGCGUCGGCGGGCAGCAGCAUCCUGGCUGAGUUUGGGACUCUUCAUAUGGAGUUUGUACAUCUCACCUAUCUGACUGGGAAUCCUGCCUACUACCAGAAGGUGAUGCACAUCCGGAAGCUGCUAGCCAAAAUGGAUCGACCCAACGGGCUCUACCCGAACUACCUGAACCCCCGUACAGGCCGCUGGGGCCAACGUAAGUACACGUUGCAGUGGAAAAUAGCAACAGUCAAUGUGGCAAUGAAUUACUUCUUUGCAUUAUAGUGCUAAUUCAAGUG